AUGGCGCAUGCGGAGUCCGACUUCGAACCGAUGCCUCUCGACAGCAGCCCAAUGGGUGCGCAGGACAAGUUCGCGCAUAUAAUGACCGAGGCGGGAAGAGCAGACGAGCUCGUCAUGCUGGACUUGCUCUCGAACUACGAACCGACGAGGUAUUCGUUCUAUGGCUAUGAGAGCGAGAAAUCCAGUCCUGGGGUCAAUAGCACUCUGGAUGCCAGUCAGCAUUCGGUCUCUGGAAGCUCUGGACGGCUACACGCGAAAGCAUCUGAUAUCCUCGACAGCUGGGCGACUGGCUAUGACGGCUCUUGUUCUGACUAUCAUAUGACUAAGUCUGCUUAUCUGCGCUCGCAAGAUAGUUCUAGUCCGUCUCACAUACUACGGGUUCCCUCGCUCUUAUCCAGAGGUGGGCUUGGGAGGCGGCGAUACGAAUUAUCAGAUGAAGACGAACUUGAACCAUUCUCUCCGAUAAAAGCGUCUGACGCGGGACGCUCACUGCCGGAUUAUGAUGAUUUCAGAAUGCCGUUCUUCUCGGAUAGCCCUGCUUCAGCGGUUUCUCGUUCUAACGGUUACCAAACCCGGGAAUCAGUUAUCCUCUAUGAAGGCAAUAGCUCGCACUCUGACAACGAUAUAUCAUGUCGAACGACUUCGCAGAGCGAACCGGAGAUCACAGCUGCCACCCCAAAUCGUAGUUCUACAUAUCCUGACGAGGAUAUGGCCGAAGGGCUGAGCGUAGCUGUUGUGGAGCAGAGCCUUUCAGAGACUUUGGGUGGUGAACUCUUCGAGAACGCAGAUCCUUGGCGCGCUCUGGAUAGAGUUCUCGAUGUCUCCUCUGAACGCCUGGCUGGGUCAUACCCAGAAUACUCUGUUGACCUCUCAGAGAUGUUCUCAGCCGAUAACAGAGCAGGGGUUGGAUUCCGGGGUCUGACUACGCAUGGGACCAGCGUGAAGGACGAUUCACCAGCGCUACAAGGCAUGCCCCGCAACGGCCCACAUUCAAUGCAGACAGCUCGCAAGCAGGAGCCACCGAGCAAUGCCACUUCACAAACCUUAUCGAGCCAAAGUGCAAGGCCCGAUUCAGUUAGUGCAUCACUUUCCGACGGCAUUACGCCAAAAGAGGCAUGCUCUGACUCGUCAAGUCCAUGCAACUCACGUAUGCAAGCUUCGUCUAAUUGCGACCAAAAUGGAAAUACCUCUUCGAGCAUCGAGGGCGCUCAUCGCUGCCCAUCCCAGAACUUGAAUGAAGAGGAAUCUGUUGAUGACGUUCGUCCCCCAGUGGUCUGCAACGAGCCUCAGCCGAAUAAGCAGCUGCCGUAUGAUGCUAUUGCAGUCAAAUGCCCAUUAGAACUAUUCACCCCAAAAUUUGGAGACGAGAGCACGUCCCGGGAGAUUGAGCUUGAUGGACCUUGCCUUUUCCUAAACGAUGUCGCGUCUGAUGAUGACUAGCCCUGCCCAAGUUAGUCCCACAGGAUUGCGAUCACAUGUGCACAUCGU